AUGGGCGACAAAAACUUAAACGCACUCUUAAAAUGGAGCAUCGAGAACACCAACACCGACGGCAGUGCGCCGGCUGCAGGAGCAGACCAGCAGCAGCUACAGCGUCCUGACCCGGAAGUGCUUGCUGCACUGUUCGGCGGCCCCUCAGAAGCCGAGCUGAUGAAGGCUGCCAUGGACGUCAUCACCAGCACAGAGCCAGACGUUACCCUCGAAAACAAGCUUAUAGCAUUUGACAACUUCGAGCAGCUGAUCGAGUCGCUGGACAACGCCAACAAUCUCUCCAAGCUCUCACUCUGGACCCCGCUGCUUGGCAUGCUGGAUAGCGACCAUCCGGACCUGCGGCGUAUGGCCGCGUGGUGCAUCGGCACCGCCGUUCAGAACAAUGAGCCCUCUCAGGAACGCUUAUUAGCACUCGGCGGGCUGCCAAGCCUGGUCGAACUGGCCACCGCCGAAGACCAAAGGGAGGAUGUGAGGCGCAAGGCCAUCUAUGCCCUGAGCUCGGCUGGCAGAAACUACCAGCCGGCGAUGGACGUGAUAGUGGAGGAGGUGGGCAAGCGCGGGGGCAAGUCGGACAAGGUUGAUGCAACCAACAUGGACGCCGUGGAUGCGGUAAUUGAUCUGCUCAAGGCUGGUAUUCCCAAGAAGGCUUGA